GCUUUGUAUGCAGAGAAGAGGUUAAUUUCCGCAGAAGAAGCGAUCUCUCGAGAGAAAGAAAGAUGUAUGACUAAAGUGUGGUCACUAAGCUAAGUUUAAGAGAGAUAAGAUAAACAGAAAGAAGAAGAAAAAGACUGAAACUAAUUCCUCUCUCGGUACUGAGCCAACGAGUGAAGCUCCUCCCACAGGAAUCACAUCAUCAGUGAAGCUCCUCCCACAGGAAUCACAUCAUCAGUGAAGCUCCUCCCACAGUAGUUCACCAAUAAAUGCUGGAACAUCUCAUCAGUUCAGAAGAGAAGAAGAGCUGAAAUCUGUCAAGUCUGAGUUUAUUGAAGAGGACAGAGAGAAGAUGAGAGAUCAAGAAGCCUCAACCCUCAGAAUCAAACACACUGAAGAUACUGAAAAAACAGAGCUGAUCGAAGAGAACCAGGAGAGUGAAGAAUUGAGUGAAGUUGAGGAGAAAAAUCAUGUCAAAACCAGAGAAAAAUUUCUGAGUUGCCCUCAAACCAAACAGAAAGAUUAAAAGAAAAGAAGAGCCAAGAAAUCUUUCACCUGCACUCAGUGUCCAAAGAGUUUCACAAGCAAAUCUUAUCUUGAUAUUCACAUGAGAGUUCACACUAGAGAGAGACCAUACACAUGUGAUCAGUGCGGCAAGAGUUUCUCUCAAAAAAAAUACCUUCCAUUGCACAUGAACAUCCACACUGGAGAGAAACCGUACACGUGUGAUCAGUGCGGGAAGUGUUUCACACAAUCAACAAACCUUAAUAGUCACAUGAAGAUCCACACAAGAGAGAAACCGUACACUUGUGAUCAAUGUGGGAAGAGUUUCACACAAUCAACAAACCUUAAGAGACACAUGAAGAUCCACACAAGAGAGAAACUGUACUCAUGUAAUCAGUGCGGGCAAACAUUUUUGUGGGCUUCAAACCUGAAAAGACACCUGAGAGUUCAUACACAGGAGAAGCCAUAUUCGUGUGAUUUGUGUGGAAAGAGUUUUACAUUGCUACAAAGUUUGAAACAACAUCAGAAACUUCAUACUGGUGUGAAAGAGUACAUGUGCUUUGAGUGUGAAAAGACUUUUAUUUCAGCGGCCAAUUUAAAACAGCAUGAGAUGAUUCACACUGGAGAGAAACCUUACAAGUGUUCACACUGUGACAAGAGAUUCAAUCAGUCUUCAUACCUGAAAAAACAUGAGAGGAUCCACACUGGAGAGAAACCUUACAAGUGUUCACACUGUGACAAGAGAUUCAGUCGGUCAGGAGACCUGAAAACACAUGAGAUGAUUCACACUGGAGAGAAACCUUACAAGUGUUCACACUGUGACAAGAGAUUCACUCAGUCUUCAUACCUGAAAAUACAUGAGAGGAUCCACACUGGAGAGAAACCUUACAAGUGUUCACACUGUGACAAGAGAUUCAAUCGGUCUUCAUACCUGAAAAUACACGAGAGGAUCCACACUGGAGAGAAACCGUAUCACUGCACUGCAUGUGGGAAGUGUUUCAAUGAUUCAUCUGCUCUACACAGUCAUACAAAAAACAUUCACAGUAAGUAGAUAAUCUUCAGAUCCAGCACUUUCAGAUCUGAUGCUGCAAUAAUGCUGCAAGCAAUAAAAUAUCACCUGGAUAAAUCUGUCCUAACCAGACAUUACAAGCAACAUGACAGAAACAAGUUUUCACAGUUAAUAAAGUUCAUCUUCAUCUUCAAAAGCAACAGAUUCAACUGAGAUUCAGAUCAACUCAAAGAUGGAGUUUCUACCCAAAGAACAAUGUCGAAAUGUUUUAUUAUUGUAUAUCAUUUUGCUUCAUGAUAUAAAUGUUAUACUUGUAAUUUUAUAUGAGUUUCAUGUUACCGUAAUUCCUCAAAUAAAAACCGGUAGUCAAAUAAACGGCGGGCCUCUUAUAGUGGCCGGGGGCGUGGUAACACGGACAAAUUAAGGCCGGGGGGAAAUUUGUGCAGCAGAGCCAGAUAACGAACGUACACGCCCACUGCCGGAGCGUUUCUCGCUCUCGAGUCAAGAACCGGUUGCAUCGGUUUUCGGAUCACCAGUACACUGAACCGAGAAGCAUUU